AUUCCAUUCACACCAAAUUUAUGAGAUUAAUAAUUAGCCAUGCCAAGUGUCAAAUUCUAUUCUAUAUAUUAGAAUUAGACCUUCCACUAUGUUCCAACCAUGGUCACAAUGGAUUUUCAUCAACAGAAUCAGAAUCUAGCGCAUGUUAAUGACUUUGAACUGCACAGCUUCGUGGAAGAUCCCAACUUUGAUCAGUUUAUCAAUAUGAUUCGUGGGGAGAAUGAAGCUGCUGCUAUCUGUGACUUCAAUUCUGACAUUUUGAAUGGUUACUAUGUUGAUAACACAUUCCACUCAUUCCCUGCAAACCAAUUUGAUCAAUGCAAUAGUAACAAUUCUGUGAGAGUUUAUGAUCCUAGCUCAACACUUAGCUCCUUGUCAUGUUUUGAUGAAGAAGCCAAAUGGGGAGGAGAAGAAGAAAAUGAUGGGGAGGAUUCUUCUUCUGCUGGAACAACCUCCACCAUGGAAACAAAGAUUGUUAAUGGUAAGUCAAGGCCAAAAACUGAUAGGUCCAAGACUUUGAUCUCUGAGAGGAGGAGGAGAGGACGAAUGAAGGAGAAGCUUUAUGCAUUGCGUGCCUUGGUUCCCAACAUAACUAAGAUGGAUAAGGCCUCUAUCAUUGGAGAUGCUGUUUCAUAUGUGUAUGAUCUUCAAGCACAAGCCAAGAAGCUAAAGACUGAGGUUGCAGGACUUGAAGCAUCCUUAUUAGUCUCCCAAAAUUAUCAAGCAACAAUUGAAAGCCCCAUGAAGGUUCAAUCCACUGACCACAGCAGUUCCAUCUGCAAGAGGAUCACACAGAUGGACAUCUUUCAAGUGGAUGAAACAGAGCUCUAUGUGAAAAUAGUAUGCAACAAGGGAGAAGGUGUAGCUGCCUCAUUGUACAAGUCUCUUGAAUCUCUCACAGGCUUCCAUGUUCAGAAUUCAAACUUGAACACAGUUUCUGAGUGUUUUCUACUUAAAUUUUCUUUAAAUGUGAAAGGUUCUAAGCCAGAAAUAAACUUGCCCAAUUUGAAGCUGUGGGUGACUAGCGCUUUUCUGAACCAAGGCUUUGAAUUCAUACCUUCUUUUCAGGCCUGAUUUUUUCAAACUAUGUAAUGUAUGAUGUAAUCUAAUUAAGGUUGCAUUAGAGGGAUUAUGAUGAGGCAUGAAACCCUGUUACAUUCAUGUCUUGACUCAAGAUGAUGAUUGACUAUGAGAAUGAAUGUUGACAUCAUGACAUGUAAUUCUCUACUUUUAAGCCAUUAUUAUCAGACAAUGCAGUGUCAAUUUUUUAAGCA